GUUCGAGAAGUGGUGACAAGUGUUAUCGCCACAACCUCUGGCUACUGGGAGACUCGCGAGGUGAUUAGCGGCCUUAGUGCGAAGCGCGGUGCUGCGCCGGGAGGACUUCCGCUACGCAACGCUCUGCUUGUUAUCAGAUGUUGAGUUCCCGCGCCGCCGCCUUCAGCGUCAAGGCGCUCCUGACGGCUCCCGGCCACCAGGAGGCCAAGGAGGACGAAGCCCUCCGGGAGAUCAAGCAUGAGGGCGAAGCUCCGAGUCCCCGAGACGAGCCGAGCGAGUCUCCGGUCGAGGCCUCGAGCGCGCAGGACGAGGUGUCGGCCGCGCCUUCGCCAGCGUCGCCAGCAGCGGGGGAGGGAGGCGGGGACUGCGCCAUGCAGGAACUGCCUGAAGGGAGGACGGAUGAGGAGGGCGGGGACGACGGGGGCGCUGGCGACGACGAGGACGACGACGACGACCUGAUCGUUGACGUGGAGAGCAACAGCCCCUCGCCCUCCCCAGCCCCGACGCCUCACUCCCCACAAAGCGCGACUUCAGGACCCUCCCGCGGGGGCGCGUCCGGUUCCCCUGUGAGUGUGAUUUGCCGAACUCCUGGUGCAGGCUCGCCCACGCCUUCACUCUCGACCCCGGCUUCGGUUUGCGCGCCCGCGGCCCCGCAGCAGUAUCAGGACAAGGUGUUUCUGCCGCAGUCCCCCUCCGGCCGAGCUGAUUGGCAGGUGUAUCCUCAGUCUGCUCCCUUGGGCGUGAGAUGGGUCGGGCCGGAGACCGUAGGGAGCAAGGGCGACGGGGACAUCAGCAUUCACCUUCUGCAGCAGGACCUGUGGGCCAAGUUCCACAGCCUCGGAACGGAAAUGAUAAUCACGAAAAAUGGAAGACGCAUGUUCCCUGUGGUGAAAGUGUGCCUCCGCGGCCUCGACCCCGAGAAGAAUUACAUGGUGUACAUGGACAUGGCGGCUGUGGACACGCGCCGCUACAGAUACGUCUAUCCAAGCUCCCGAUGGAUGGUGGCAGGGACCGGCGAGCCCCUGGGAGACCAAGCCCCUUACAUCCACCCGGAUUCUCCUUCGUCGGGAGUCCAGUGGAUGGCGUCGCCCACGGUGGCUUUCGACAGACUCAAGCUCACCAAUAACAAGACGAGAGAAUCCAGGGGACAGAUCAUCCUGCACUCCAUGCAGAAGUACCAGCCGAGGAUCUGGGUGCAGGAGGUGUCCGCCGGGGCCUCGUCGGGCGGACCUGCCCGCCUCUGGACCGCCAGAGGGCCCACAGCGCCGUGCAGGCCGUGUUCCAGCGUCGUCUUCAUCACCGUCACAGCGUAUCAGAACAGCCGCGUACCGAACCAGCAGAACCAGCAAGUUAAGGGCGCUUCUGCAGAUCGGAAGUUCACGAGCCACAGCGUCAGAACCAAGCAGGUAAGGGCCUUCGCUGCAGAUGGGAUAGGGAGUCAGAGGCACACAGCCCGUUAUCAGAACCAGCAGGAAGGGGCCUUCUGCCAGGAGCGAAGGUUACGAGAGGCACGCGUAUCAGAACCAGCAGGUAAGGGGCCUUCUGCAGGAGGGAAGGGUUCAGAGGCCACAGCGUACCAGAACCAGCAAAGAGGUAAGGGCCUUCUGCGCGAGGAGAAUGGGUUCAGAGGCCACAGCAUGGUAAGGAGGCCUUCUCAGGAGGGAAGUGGUUUUCAUGGACGGAAACCUGACUGA